AUGGCUUCGUCAUCUAAGGGCAAUUUGCCCAAGCCGUAUAAGAAACGGCGAUACUACACGCAAAAAGAGGUAGUGGAGCAUCGAUGGCACAGCUAUUUUUCAAAAGUCUACGACUUGGCGCCACUGCUUGAGGACUAUAAGAAAGGUACUAACUUCUAAGGGUCAACCGCAGAAGAUGAAGAUGCGGGUGAUUUGUGUCUUGCUUGGAAUCAAUAUGUAGUUAUCAUGUGUCCCCGGGAAUGGGUAAACUACUACUAAUACUGUCCUCCACUGGUGUCGGAUGAUAUUCUCAACAGUUUCUCUUUCCGCGUUUUUUACUUUGCAAAUCAAUGUAGGAAUGAUUCUAAAUCCCACCAGAUCCUUUGAGUCAGCCAAUAUUAGCAGCAUCGGGAACGGACAUCACACAUUGGUUCGAUCCAGAGACACGGGACCCCAGAACGCACACGAGUCCAUGUACCUCUUGGCAUUUAUUUAUGGAAUGUUCUAUUUUUGGAUCUGCAUGUAAAACUAAAGCAUCUCAAUAUGAAAAAAAUAAGCUGCAUGAAAUUUUUUUACUCCAUGCAUGAAGGUAGUCAUGGUAGUAAAUUCAACAUCCGCAACAGUGCCUAAUGUGUUACGAAUGACAACAAUGAGCAUGCAUUUUUUUUUAAAUUUUCGUUUUCCACGAAAAACGUCAGUUACGAACCUGAAAGAGGUCUAUUGUCCGCAGGGCAGAUAUCUUCACGUGCCACCAGAGGUCCCCGAGCCAGGCUUCGAUACGAGUAUUGAACUGCAAUUUUAGAUACCUUGUGAUUGGUUCCAUUGUUCACUGCUUUCUAGUACUCGCUUCUAGUCAACUAAGCUCCUAUUAUUAUCAUUAUAGGGUGCAGAUGCUGUGAAGCGUUGUCCGCAUCAUGUCCUGUUACCUAUUCCUAACCUUUGUGGCAGUGUGCCUAUAAUUAUUUUGUACUUCCUUAACAAUUUCGUACCUUCUUUUACUGCACCAGGAAUAAAAAGCCCUUGGUGGAGAGACGCGAAAUAUUGUAUCGGAACACUGACGGCAAAAACACGGAAAAUCUACGUGAUGAAUCUUCUGUCAAAGCAAAGUGUGCUGAUGGAGGUGCCUAGUGAAGAAACGUUGGGGGAAAUAGAGGAAAGGUACCCAUUAUUUAUCUUCAUCUCGCAAAGACUGAAAGUGUAGUUAUGUUCAUGUCUAGGAGGUGGGUAUACUUAACUAGAGUAUUGCCGGCCAAGGAUCACGUCAAAACUUGUUUUGUUUUUCUCAUCUUCGAAAAUUCAAUCCCACUUCUUGAUUCAUUUCUCAGCAAGACUAAAGUGACUGAGUGUUUACUACUUACUCUGUUCUGAACUUCAUCGUCCACCGAAUACGUCCAGGUAUCUUGAAGUCCAUAAUUUUCACGCCCAGUCGUACACGUGGAAGAUGCUCGGUCGGCCUUUGGAGUUAGGGAAAACUCUUGUCGAGAACGGCAUCGUGGAUCAAGACCUCGAAUUUCUUGACCUGGGCAUGGAUCCUGACGAUCACAUCGUCACACUUCACAUCUACUUCAAUGACGAUUUGACUGAAGGUUAAAAUUCUAGUACGGAUCCUCAGUUACUAGUAGUAGUUGUAUGUGAAUAAAAUAGCUAGGAUAGUACCGUAAAAGAGGACGAUGGGGUGACGAAAAAAAAUCGCUCUCAAGUUGUUCACCUGCGACAGCAGUAUUGAGGCCGCAAGGAGAAGCAGAGAAGUUUUUACACCUACACUUACCAAUCAUAAGCUUAAUCGACAAUUAUUUACCGUAAGACAAAGAGAAUCAAUGAAAGUUUCGCUAUUUCAAGUCUAUAGAAAUCCUAAAUCGAACGCUUGGUGUGCCAGAAAGAUGUUGGUGCAUAGAAGAAGAUGUCAAGAUCGGCACAGAAAUUAAUGUGUAUACCAAAUCGACGAUCAUGCGCACAACCACGACCAGAAGACUGAAUUUGCAGUAUAGUUUCGUGUAGACCUAGUGAUAGAAGAUACAGAUUAAGGAAUCAUCAGGAAAUUUGGAGAGUAAUGAUCACGACCGGCCUACUGCAAAAAAUCAUACAAGACGUGUUCAGCGAUGAAGACUGUUGACGAUCUGGCUCAGAGCAUUGUCGUGCUUGUGGCAGUCUGCACUGAACUUUGUGCGAGAUGCCGCGCAGAUCCACCUAGGGCCAUUGUGUAAAUAUUUGAUUUGAUUAAGCGGACAGCGCUCCGCCGCCCAAACGUAGCAUUCAACAUAGGCGCGUAAUGGGGAGACGGGCAACGCCCCGGGUGGCAGGUACUAGGUAUGUAAUUGCUCCUGCCUUUGCUCCUAGUUCUUGAUCAUUGUAAAUCGUAGGGGCAGUAGCGUAGUUUGUUAAGGAGAUUAAGAACUCCCCCCUACGCCGGUAGCUACGCGGAAAAUAUGUCGGCAGGUUUUGACUUAUCGGGACUCGCUUGCAAAAUACGCAGGUAGGUUUUGAUUUAUCUUAACUCGCUCACGAUACAAAAAAAAAAAAGCGAGAUAAAUUGUAUUGUAUUGUAUUGUAUGAGAGUCUAGGCUUUUCCAUCAGAAUCUCAGAGUGUCUGAGAGGGCGCUUUUGUGUGAGUGUACUAACGUCAUGUGAAGCCAAAAAGGAGAGGAUGAUAAUGCCUGGAGAGAUCUUGCGGGGAUGAUAAUUCAAGGCUGGUGCUGAU